AUGGCAAGUUUUGUUAAACUCGAUUCCACUAACCUCGUUCAAAACAAUUAUAACAGCACAUGGAAAUACAGCUUUCCUGGUAGUGCUGCCAAUUUUCAGGAUGUGGUAUGCGCGGUUAUCGAUUUCGAUGUUCCGACAGCUGGAACCACAUCCACUGUAUCUGUUAUCCUCCCUGAUGGACUUUACAGCUAUACCGAUAUUAUUAGAAGCAUUCAGACGGCCCUCGUAAAUGCUGGAGCGUAUUUAAUUAAUCCAUCUGGUGAGAACGUUUUCUAUAUUCAACUAACGGAAAACAGUGUGUAUUAUGCUGCUCAAUUCGAUUUUAGCGCUACUCCAACGACACUUCCUACAGCUGGUGGCACUUGGACACGACCAGCAAGUGGGCUUUAUUCGUCAGGCGGUACUGGUUUGCCAACAACAACGCGUGUCCCUCGCAUCAUCAUUGAUAACGCCUCUUUUGGUAAAGUAGUAGGAUUGACUGCUGGUACGUAUCCUUCAGCGUCUGCAACGUAUGUUGCCUCUGGUGAUAUCCUUAGUGUGUUUGACCGUGGUGAUGCUCAGGUAGGUCAAUUAAUCAGCUAUAAGCCGAGUCAUAUCUAUAACCAAAACGAUCAAAAGGUUAAGCUCCGUGAUACUUCUGUCUCGAUCAUGUUGUUGCUGAGGGAAAAAAAGCAUUCAAAAUGGUUUUUUUUCUCACAAUCCGCAGAAUAG